AUGUAUGUAGCAGCAAGAGUCAGCCACCCCAACUUGCUCCGUUUCCUCGGAGCCAGACUGGAGGGAGGCAUGGCCAUUCUGACAGAGUUCAUGCCGACUAGUCUCAGAGCUCUGGUUAACAGACGUCCACGACAACGUCUUCCUCUGGAACACAUCCUCUCCAUUGCAAUCGACGUGGGCCGUGCGCUCAACUAUCUCCACAACGUAACCCCAGACCCCAUCAUCCACAGGGACCUCAGCAGUGCCAACGUUCUCCUCCAGCCCUCUCCCGACGGAGGCUGGCUCGCCAAGGUCUCUGACUACGGCACCACCAACUUCCAGAGCCAACUGCAGACCGAGAAUCCCGGCAGUCCAGUGUACGCUGCUCCCGAGUCCCGCAACCCUGCUCUCCAGACACCCAAGAUGGACAUCUACAGUUUCGGUGUGCUCCUGGUGGAGAUGUGUAGCUAG